AUGGCUGGACGUGUUACUUUUAGAAGAAGAAAUCCAUACAACACCAAAUCAAACAAAAUCAAGGUUGUUAAAACCCCAGGUGGUAAAUUAAUUGCUCAUCACUUAAAAAAAGUUGCUUCAAGACCAAAAUGUGGUGACUGUGGUGAUGCUUUAUCAGGUAUCUCAACUUUAAGACCAAGAGAAUAUGCUACUGUUUCAAAAACUCACAAAACUGUUCAAAGAGCUUACGGUGGUUCAAGAUGUGCUAACUGUGUUAAAGAAAGAGUUGUCAGAGCUUUCUUAAUUGAAGAACAAAAAAUCGUUAAAAGAGUUUUAAAAGACCAACAAGAAAGCGAAAAGAAAGCUGCUAAGAAGUCUAAGAAAUAA